AUGACUCGGUGCGUAUAUUCUGUGCCACAGUUCAUCUUCAAGACCUCAACAAUACAUACAUACAGCGAGGUCAAAACGAGAGGACGCAAGAAUAUAUAAUAGCAGUUGUCACUGCUGCUAAUCCAAUGGAGUUAACUUUAUUUGGUGGUAACAAUACAGCCGGGUAGCUAGCUUUCCGGGUCUAUAAAUAAAUGGAGAUGCCUUCCUUAAGCUAGCAAAGGAGCUAGCCAGCAGUGGCAGUGACAGUGAGCAGUUGGUGGAGUGGAGCUCGAGCAAAGCGACUAGCGACAUCGAAGAAGAUUCGCGCGCUCCGAUCCGGCGGAUGGCGUCAAAUAAGGCGCUUCUCCUCUUCGCGGUCGCGGCGGCGUGCGUGGUCGGCGCCGCUGACGCCAAGUUCGGCCGCCUGGGCCGGCUCGUCAUCACCGGCGUCGUGCCCUGCAACACCGGCAGCCUCAUCGACAUCGCCACCUCCCCUGCCUUCCCGAACGCGGAGGUGGAGCUGCGGUGCGCGGGCAAGGUGGUGGCGGGCGCGACGACCAACACCAACGGCACCUUCUCCAUGGAGCUGGACAUGACCAACGCGCUGGCGGCCUUCAUCGGCGGCUGCACGCUGGUGGUGGACACGCCGCUGAUCAAGUGCAACGCCGACCUCACCGACGUCGGCAGCCUCGUCUCCUACCUGCAGGGCCCGCUCACGCGCCUCCUCGGCGGCAUCUUCCACCUCUUCCCCGCCGGAUUCUCCUUCCACGCCCGACGAGCCUGAUGUGGCCGCCCGGAUCCAUCAUCAUAUAUAUAUAUAGUAGAUCGAUGCAUACUAUACGUAUGUGCUCGUACUGUAUAACACAAUGAAAAUGCAUGAAGUCUCUCGAUCCAUCCACUGCUUUUCUCCGCUCAAUCGUCUGUCAUAUACGGUAGUAAUGUGUAAGUCUGCCCCUGCUGGGAACUUACAAUUACAAAUGUAAAAUGUUUCUAGAUGUAUGCAAUACACGCACAAACUGACCGAAGUAGAAAGUUGCGAAAUGGAUGCUUGUCAGCUAA